UUAUCCACCUCCACUCCUUUAACUUCCACACAAGCGCCGCCGCAGUGAAGUGGUAAAGAAUGAAGCCAGAGGCGAGGGUGGACCGAUGUAGAGUCCGAGACUUAGUAGCAUCAUGCUUCAAUACUUGCCGCCUACCUUUACAAGACGAAGAAGUGGCCACCACCACAAGCGAUGAAGCUGCAGCCAUGAAAGCAAACAAGGCAUCAUCACAUAACAGCCGGCGGCUGGCUGAGCCACGCUUUGCCGAUGAAGAUUACAUUGUGUUUUGCUUCGGGGAAGAUGGCAAGAUUCACAUGAUAAAUAAUGAUACGAUAUCAACCUCAACCGCCAUUACUGCAAAGAAUGAAGUCGAUGAGCAGCCAAGUGCAAGCAAAAUGGAGUCCUCUUUUGAGUCAUGUGAUUCUUCUAGUGUAUCAGACACCAGCACCUCCAGCUCCUUUGCCUUCCCACUGGUGGGAAUGGAGUGGAUAGGAAGCCCCCUUCAUAUGCCCAAGGAACAGAAACAGGACGCCUACAGACGCUGCUCUACAUUCUAAGUCUUGCAUUGCAUAUAUGUAUGUGGAUUUUGAUUUCACAUUCUAUUUCAAAAUGAGGCAUUAAGCUUACUUCCCAGCGCUUUAUUGCCCCAUAAUGUAAUUUUUAAUAUCAACUUGAGUU